AUGUCAGACACGAGUUCGGAGACAUACGAGGGAUACCGUGACCUGCCGGCUGGCCAGAAAUCGCUUGAGCCAUCGUUUGCGCAUUAUCGCCUUCUUCGCGAUGCUGAUCGUGGUGCUGUCAAUCGAAAGACAAGGCUUGUUACCCUUCAUACUGGUGGGACGGAUGCAGAGAAGGCAUCGAUCAGGAAUCUGACGGACGUCGCCGAGUCUUGGUGCAAAUGCACCAUACUCGCAGGCAAUGACUGGUCGAUCGCGUCCGGCGAAUGGAAGUUUCGUGUGACCUUUGACAGACUGCUAAUGAUACCAACUCUGAGACUCGAGUGUGCCUUCGAUGAGAUCCCGAGAUUCUACAUCCAUACGAGCAGCUACAGCACUACGGGCGUCCACGGCCGUACACCAGGUCGUCCCGCGGUGACUGAUCCUAAACUGAUACUGGAAUUCCAUUUCUUCCCAACAGGCGAUGGCCUUGAGGGCUUGCAGGCUUUCCAAGUACUUGGCGAUGAUGUCAAGUUUGUGGCUCAUGGAGCUACAAGCGAGGGCUUCAAUAAGAUACCUCUCCAUAUGCGCGACAAUCCCACAGUGUGCAAGCUCAAGGCGAUGCUCAGCCCACCAGCUAGUCAUGAUGUGACGCUUCGACUCCUCGACCUUCCCGACAGUAUCGCCCGGAGGCUAUUCAGCAUGCGGGCUUCCCAUCUGCCAGGUGGCAGUGCUCAGCUCCUGGAUAUCUUCAAAGGAACAAACUCUGGCCACAGGCACACCGAAUGGGGAGCUUUUGGGACAAGUCCGGGCUCCAUACGUCCGCCUCUUGCCAUGAUGCAAAUGAAUCCACCACUACCAAUGACGCCCUUGAGCAGCGGCGACACAUUUUCCACCACCACACAAGCUAGGAUCGAGCUCUUGUACUCAAUCCACUCGCUUCAUCAAGAAGAAGUCGAUGGUCUGAAGCUGUGGGCUAGGGGCACCCAUACUGGCCAGCUUUGCGCAUUCGAAGAUGUCGCCUACAUGGUGGUCAAGUUUGGUCCCUUCAACAAGCUUGGAAGCGCAACCGAUCACCGGAAGUUCCGUCUCAAUGAUCGCAUCCACGUCAAAUUGAGUUGGCGGUCGCCUCACGGUAAAAGAAAUGAUCAUAAGCUCGGCGGGAUCCAUUGCACAGCGGCCGUGCAGCUGAGACCACAUGACGCCGUCUUCAUGAUUCCAGGCAUUGAUGUCAAGAAGUUCCCGGGCAUCUGCCAGAAUCGCGAUGACUGGCAUGCAGACAAGUUCGAUGUCAGGUGCGAUCCUCAUAUCAGCAGCUUCGCGGUCUCGAAUCAGCUGAAGACUGCGGAUGCCCUUUCCAACCCUCGCAACGCCUUCUGGCGUAAGAUCGUGCUCAAUCAGCUUCAUGAUGACAUCGAGACUGUCGAGAUUGCGACCAAGAGGAAAUUCGAUCCGCAAAGCAAGCCACGCGAGGUCUCGGACGAAGCUGUACGCCAGGCCAUGGAGGCCGAUGGACCCAAGUUUCGCAAGCAGAUCCAAGACGCUUACCAGGAGAUGCUGAAUUCUCGCAAGUGGAAUCCUGAGCAGCUGGAGGCGCUCAAGACAGUUCGAAGUGUGGUCGGCAGUAUUGUGCUCAUCACUGGCCCCGCUGGGACGGGCAAGACACUCGUGCAACAGGCCAUAUGUUCCUUCGCCUAUCUGCUGGGUUUACACGUCUUAGCUGUGUCACCAGCCAACAGCACUUGCGCGGACUUCAUGAGGAAAUUAAACAAACUCUUUCCGCAUAUCAAGGCCACUCGUGUGUUCCCAGCGUCCGCCGAGCUCGAUAACAAGGGAAUACCAACGGCGAACCCGUGGUUGCGCCUCCGGCUGGUCAUGUCAGUGGCGAGUCCAUGGGACUGCUGGACUUCGACCUAG